UGAGCGAGCAGCAGUUGUCUUGCUGCAGCAAGAGCAGCGGCAGCAACGGAGGCAGCAGCAGCAGCAGCAGCAGCAGCAGCAUGCGGCGCAGCCUCUUGCGCCUCCUGUGCAGCCUGGGUCUCAACUGGGUGAGCAGCAAGAGCAGCGGCAGGCAAGCCAGCGGCAUGGUGCAGCAGGCGGUGCGCCCCCUACGCUUGCGGUCGCGCCGAAGCGGCGCCGCGGUGAACAAGGUGGUGCUGGAACCAAGCACCUCUGCCGUGCGUGCAGAUACAAGGGCUCUUUGGUCUUCAUGACAGGCCCGCACAAACUCAUCUGCCCCCACAAGGCCGAGUGGGACGCGCUGCCCGACUCUCAGCAAAGGGCAUGGUCCAAGAAGUGGUCGGCAGAGGAUAAAUCAAACGGCCACCUUGCCCGGCAGAACGCGCUUCCAGCAUCUGCUGCAGCCGCUGUAGCAGCUGCAGCGGGCGUCACGGCAGCACACGCUGCGCCUGCAUUGCCUACGGGGGCACCGACAGCGGCGGUGGCGACGGCGGUGGUGGCGGCACCGGCAGCAGCAGCGCCGCAAGGAUUGGCAGGCUGGGCUCGGUUCCCAGGGUUUACCUUAAUCACGCGCAGCACGUCGCCACUGCCGCAGCAGCAACAGCCUCCUCAGGGGCAGCAGCAGCAACAACAAGAGGGGCAGGGGCAGCAGCAGCACAGUGCUGCACCUGCAACAACUGAGCAGCAGCCUAGCAGUUCUGAUGCAUUCUUUGAUCUUUGACACACCCAUACAUUGUGAUCCUCGGCUACUCCAUUAAAUCAGAUGAGGAAA